AUGUGGGGUCAGAGGCUGUGGCUGUUUCCCAUUGUCGUUUUCAUCGCAGCUCCCGUCUUCUUCCUCAUCACAUACGCCAUUGCAGUAGCUUUCAAACAUGUAGAUCCCGGAUUUCCUUACAUCAGUGACACAGGAACAUACCCGCCGGAGAGUUGCGUAUUUGGCCAACUAUUGAAUAUAUUAGCCUUGCUCAUUGGCAUGACGCUUUAUAUACGAUAUCGACAGGUAGACGAAAUGUACAAAAACUCAGGAAGAAGACACUUAAUAUUUUUCAACAAAUUUGCAUUCGGUAUUGGCCUUCUCGCAGCUAUGGGGGUCAGCAUUGUGGCCAACUUUCAGGAAUCUAACGUCCUUAUCGGACACGUGGUUGGUGCGGUGCUAGCCUUUGCUCUCGGUACACUUGGCUAUGGCUGGCUGCAGACGAUCAUCUCAUAUCGGACGCGUCUCCCUGGUUCUUCACACACGCUCUGUCAUUUCCGACUCUCGCUCUGUCUUUUUGGUUCCGUUCUCUUCCUUGUCGGCAUCAUUGCAUCAGAUUCAUCAUUUAAAAAGAAAAAGUUCAUCACAUCAGCUAAACAUUGGAAACCUACAGACGAGGGCUAUGCUGAACAUUUAGUGGCCACCAUAUCAGAAUGGCUUCUUGCAAUCCUCAAUGUGGCUUACUUGCUGACAUUUCUACCUGAGUUCAAACUGUUCUCCAUGGACCCACCACAACUGACCUUUCAUUCAAACCAGGCCAUUGUGGCCACUGCCGACGAACUGGCUCUCGAAAUCGCCGGAGAAAGCCCAAAUCGGACGUCAUUAACAAAAGUCGAUGGAAAGACCAAUUUGAAAGAAAUAGGAUGCAGUCAUACGUGA